AUGCCUCGUCGAUCCGGUGGUGGUAUGCGUUCAUCGUCUCCCAGUCGUGCUCCUCCUCCGCCUCCAACUCGUGCUGUUGCACCUCCACCUCCAGCUGCUCCAGCACCAGUUAUGGCUCCACAAGGACGUCAACCUGGUCUAUUCGGUCAAAUGGCUGCUACAGCCGGUGGUGUAGCUGUUGGCUCAGCUGUCGGUCAUACCAUUGGUGCUGCUAUUACUGGUGGAUUUCGUGGAAAUGAUCAACCAGCUGCUACACAAGAAGCAAGUGGCCCAAAUGCUCAACAACUCUAUCAAGCACCUAAUGAGCGAUACUCUACUGAACGAUGUAAUUUAUAUCAAAAGGAAUUUAUGAAAUGUUUAGACCAAAGUGGUGGUGAUUCUUCACAAUGCCAAGGUUUUUGGGAAGCAUUAAAAGAAUGUCAACGCUUUCAUAGUAACACUGCUACACUUUGA